UGUGAGAACUGGUCUGUGACCUAUAUAAAGAAGUAACCUCAAGCGCAAAAUCGCCGGCACAACACCAAAGCCUAGCAUUUCAAUUUUCUUAUUUAAUUCAACUCCUCCUUUGUCCUGCAAAAUGGGUUCUCGCUACGAGGUCGAAGUAACCAUCACAUCAGCCAAGGACCUAAAGAACGUCAACUGGCGCCACGGCCCUCUGAGGCCCUACGCAGUCGUUUGGAUCGAUCCAAACCAUAAAUGCUCCACCACAGUCGACGAGGAAGGCGAUGCCUGUCCUCUAUGGGAUCAGACCCUUGUUAUUCCCUUGCCUUCUGCCCCAAUUGAGGACCAAACUCUCUACAUCGAUAUAGUCCACGCCGGUCGUGAGGAAGACACCAAGCCGCUCAUCGGCUCCGCCCGGUUAAAACUCGUCGACGUUCUUGAUGAAGUCGGCAUUGGCGAACGAGUUAAGCGCUCUCUCCAGCUCAAGCGUCCCUCAGGUAGACCUCAAGGGAAAGUCGAUGUUAAAGUUACGAUCAGAAACCCUCAGUAUCGUGCGCCUGAUGCGUACUACGCACCACCUCAUGGUGUUCCUCCACCAGCUGCUUCGAGAGACUAUCCAUAUGGAAGUCCAUACUCUGCAGCCCCACCACCACCCAAUCCAUACUAUUCAGCGGCACCGCCCAGUGGAUAUCCUUACGGUGGGUACAACGCGCCAUCUCCACCAGGACCUUACGGUCAACCAAGUUACGGUUACGGUCAGCAGCCCGUUUACGUGCAGGAGGAGAAGAAAAGCAAGUUUGGUGGGAUGGGGACAGGAGUGGCUGUGGGCGCGGUAGCUGGGGUCUUAGGUGGAUUGGCAUUGGCGGAGGGCGUCGACGCUCUGGAGGACCAUAUUGCUGAUGACGUGGCAGAAAAGGUCGAGGAUGAUCUCGGCUACGAUGAUGACGACUUCUAGAGCCUGCUACGGCAACUUUUUAUUUUUAUUAAUAAGUUAUUAUUAUCCUCCGGAGAAAUAUCAAGAAACAUGCUUCCCUUUUCUUUUUCCUUGUUUUUUUUUUUAUUUUUUAUUUGUGGUUUAAAUAGUUUGGUAAUGCUGGCCGUGCUUGUUGUCAUCGUCAUUAUCUUGUUUUCUUUUACCUAAAUUAAUCGUGUCGAUCUACAUAACCAAUGUGAGAAACAUCGCAAAUUAUCUCUUAAUUUAUUGUUUCUGCAA